AUGUCCGCGUUGUCAAUUUCUAAAGGAUUUUCGACUGGACGAAGACCGAGCAGAACACUUGGGGUGUGUGCCAUGGGGAACAACUGCAGUAACCAUCUGGGGAUCCCCCCAGCCAAGGGUCCUCAUCCUGUGGGCUGCACUGACUUCAUGUUGGACCACACUGUUCAAGGCAGUUUCUUCCGCCUGUACUACCCGUGCCAGCAGUCAGACAGAGCGGAGAAGCCCGACUGGGUCCCCUGUCAAGAAUACUUCAACGGCCUGGCAGACUUCAUGAAAAUCAACAGGGCAAUCAGCGAGAGGAUUUUCAACUACCUCUUUGGGUCCUAUAAGAUCCCUGCCUACAUGGAUGCUCCCUUUAAAGCACAAGAGAAGUGUCCUGUUGUUAUUUUUUCACAUGGCCUCGGGGCUUUCAGGACCCUGUAUUCAGCCAUAUGUGCAGAACUGGCAUCUCAGGGCUUCAUUGUGGCAUCAGUUGAACACAGAGACGAAUCGUCCUCGGCCACGUAUUAUUUCCGUGAGAUGACGGAGGAGGAGAAGUCGAAGCCCCGCCUGCCCAAGAGCUGUGCGUCUGACCCGGAUCAUCUGCUGAAGCUGUGGAUGUACUACAGAGCCCUGAAGCACGGAGAGAGCGAGUUCCCCCUCAGGAACAAGCAGGUGAAGCAGAGAGCCGACGAGUGCAUUCUGGCUCUGGAGAGACUCGAAGAAAUCAACUUAGGACGGCCGCUGCAGAACGUUCUGACCACACAAUUCGACUGGACCACGCUGGAGAACUCCAUGGAUCUCUGCAGGUUAGCAGUGAUGGGACAUUCGUUUGGAGGAGCCACAGCUAUCGAGGCUUUGUGUAAAGAAGUCAAAUUUAAGUGCGGCAUCGCGCUUGACUCCUGGAUGUUCCCUUUAGACGAGGAGAUCUUCCCGCGAGUGAAGCAGCCCAUUUUCUUUAUCAACUCGGAGCGGUUCCAGUGGGCGGGCAACAUCAGCCGCAUGAAGAAGCUGGACUCGGCGCUCAUACAGAGGAAGAUGAUCACAAUCCGAGGGACCGUUCACCAGAGCUUCCCUGACUUCACCUUCCUGACAGGAAACUGGAUCGGGAAGUUGAUGAAGUUAAAAGGAGAGAUCGACCCUGAGCUCGCCAUAGACUUGUGCAACAAAGCUUCGCUGGCGUUUUUGCAGAGGCAUCUGGGUAUCGAGAAGAACUUCAACCAGUGGGACCCUCUCAUCAAUGGGGAGGAUGAAAACCUGAUCCAGGGCACUAACGUCACAGUUCUCCAAUCGUCCAUCUGA